UCGAGUUAUGCCAAACCACUACCGGCUAUCAGUACCUUUCUGUGAAGAAAACUGGUCUGAGCUUUUGUUCUGCUCUUCAAUUAAAAUCAAUCAAUCGGUUAUUUUUUUUGUUCCACAGACUAUAUUUUGGGAAAUUAUAUUUCCAGUAGUUUAAUUGCCGUUUAACAUUUAAAACACACACACAUCUUUCACUCUUGUUAGUCAUAAACUAGCAGGCUAGCUAGCUAGCUAGCAUUUUUUCCCUCUUUUCGUCCGUGUUUCUACUUUUUCCUGAUAAGGUUUUAUCAGACCAAGAUAGGCGGCUCGGGCACUAAGAUGUCGAACCGAGUGGUGUGCAGAGAAGCAAGUCAUGCCGGCAGCUGGUACACCGCCUCAGGAUCCCAGCUGAACACGCAGUUGGAAGGCUGGCUGUCUCAGGCCCAGUCCACAAAAGGACCGGCCAGAGCCAUCAUAGCACCGCAUGCUGGGUACACUUACUGUGGGGCGUGUGCGGCUCAUGCCUACAAACAAGUGGACCCUUCCAUCACACGGAGGGUGUUCAUCCUUGGCCCCUCCCAUCACAUCCCGCUGUCCCGCUGCGCCCUCUCGCCCGCCGAGGUCUACAGAACGCCGCUCUACGACCUGAGAAUCGACCAGAAGGUUUACGCUGACCUCUGGAAAACGGGGAUGUUUGAGCGCAUGAGUCUGCAGACGGAUGAAGACGAGCACAGCAUCGAGAUGCACCUGCCUUACACCGCAAAAGCCAUGGAGAGCCAGAAAGACAGCUUCUCCAUCGUCCCCGUGCUGGUGGGAGCUCUGAGCGAGUCCAAGGAGCAGGAGUACGGGAAACUGCUCAGCAAGUACCUGGCCGACCCAACAAACCUCUUUGUGAUUUCGUCAGACUUCUGCCAUUGGGGGCAUCGAUUCCGUUACACUUACUACGACGAGGCCCAGGGGGAGAUCUACAGAUCAAUUGAGAACCUGGAUAAAAUGGGCAUGGGCAUUAUAGAACAGCUGGACCCGAUCUCCUUUAGCAACUACCUGAAGAAAUAUCACAACACUAUCUGUGGCCGCCACCCCAUCGGAGUGCUGCUCAAUGCCGUCGCCGAGCUGAAGAAGACGGGCUUGGACAUGGACUUCUCCUUCCUGAACUACGCCCAGUCCAGCCAGUGCCGGACCUGGCAGGACAGCUCCGUGAGCUACGCGGCCGGGGCGCUGACCGUGCACUGAGACCCCCCCGCCCCACGCCCC